AUGGAUGGAACAUGCAAGAAGGAAAUAUAUAUUGAAGAACUGUGGGGACAACGGGAAAGGGUGAAUGCUAUUGUGUUGUCAUGGUUAAUGAACUCAGUUUUGAAGAGCCUGCUUAGUGGAAUUGCAUUUUCUUCAAGUGCUUCAAAUGUGUGGACUGACCUGCAAGAAAGGUUUGAUAGAGUUGAUAGAUCAAGAACUUAUAGUUUACACAAAGAAAUUGCCACUUUAAAGCAAGAUUCAGCUGCUAUGUACUCUAGAGGUGGCAGUAGUUCAGGUGUCAGUAACAGAUUCAAGAAAAAUACACUUUUAAUCUAUGACUUUUGUAAGUGUAGAGGCCAUACCAAAAAGUCUUACUAUAAGAUUGUUGGGUAUCCUCCAGAUUUCAAGUCCAAGAGGAAGAUACAAAGUGCAAACACUGCUUAUGCUGAUACUACUGGCUUGGCUAGUCAACCACAACAAUCAGUUAAGGCUAAUUUUUCUUAUGAUUUGAACACAAAUAUAACUGGUGACUUAGUAUGGGGUAGGAAUAUCACAGCACAGCACACUAUAGACAAAGUUUCAGCUGAAGCUUCUACUUCCAAUAAGACUAUAAGUCAAGCUAAGAAAGAUGCCAAGCAAUUAAAUCAGGGUUGCACAUUCAAAAAAGAUCAGUAUGAACACAUUCUCAAGAUGAUGAGUCAACAAUCAGGCUCAAAAGUUACUACAUCUGAUUGCAAUAAGGCAAACACUGCAAGUACAACCUUAUUUGUAACUGAAAAUAGUGAUGUGUGGAUUGUAGAUACAGGUGCAACAAACCAUAUAGUUUCUAAGUUGGAUAUGCUACAAAAGGAAUCUGUGCUAAAACUUAACACUCCUAAGGAUAUAUGUUUAUCAAAUGGUGGUACCACACAAGAGCUUUACACUGGAAAGAUGAAGGAAGUUGGCAAGGAGUCAGACACGGAGCUAUGGCAUCAAAGACUUGGACAUGUAUCUUCGGCUGUACUUGCUAAGAUGUUCACUAUGAAUAAAGACAGUAUGUGUAAGUAUGCUAAGAAUCAGUUUGGCAAAGUGGUCAAAGUCCUAAGAUCAGACAAUGGUACUGAGUUUGUUAACUCAGUAUGUGAUAGUAUGUUUAAAGCACUGGGUAUUAUAUAUCAAAGAUGUUGUCCUUAUACUCCUCAACAAAAUGGUGUGGCUAAGAGGAAACAUAGACAUUUUCUAGAAGUAACAAGAGCCUUAAGGUUUCAAGCUAAAAUACCUAUUAGGUUUUGGGGUCACUGUGUCCUAGCUGCAACUUAUCUCAUUAACAGAAUCCCUAGUAGUGUGCUUGAGUUUCAAACUCCUUAUGAAAGACUUUAUGGUAUAAAACCAGUGUUAUCUCAUUUGAGAAUAAUUGGUUGUCUAGCCCUUGCAAAGCAUCUCACUGAACAUGAUAAAUUAAUGUCCAGAUCAAAGUCAGUUGUUCACAUGGGAUACUCUGAAGUACAUAAAGGUAGAGAUGUUAUCUUUAGGGAAGACAUAUUUCUUUUUGCCAAGGAUGACAUUUUUGCUCAACAGCAGCUAUUUGUAGACAUCUUGCAAGGGUUAGGUGGUGAGCAAUUCUGUGUGCAGCAGCCUAAAAAACAGCUACCUACUGAUGCAAGUGGCUCUGAGGUAUCACAUACAGAAGGUCCUAUUAUUACUAGAAGAUCUACAAGAGCUAAACAACCUCCUCUAUGGCUGAAGGAUUUUGUUUCCUUGAAUGUCAAGCAGGAUGUUCAGUAUCCCUUGUCCAACUAUGUGAGCUAUUCUCAUUUUUCACCCACUUAUCAAUGCUUUAUUGCUGCUACUUCAACUGUGACAGAACCUAACAGCUAUGUAGAAACAAUCAAGGAUCCAAGAUGGGUAAAAGCUAUACAGGCAGAAAUCCAGGCUUUAGAAAGCAAUCAUACUUGGGAGAUCACAUCCUUACCUGCAGGGAAGAAGCCUAUUGGUUGUAGAUGA